GCCGCGGAAUCGAUUUCCGUGGUCAAUAUUAUUAUAUAAAAAAAUCGAAUAAUGUGAUCCAUAAAUAAUAGAGAAGGGGGCGAAUGAGUAGCCACAAAAUCUUCUUCUUCUGCUUGUGAUUGCAGCGACAGGCGUGUUCAAUAACCUCUGCGAGGUUUGAUCAAAGCCAGUUAGUUUUUGUUCGGUCAUUCUCUAACCAGUUCCAGUGUUCAUGUCUGAUCUCGACGCCCAGAUCCCAACUGCUUUUGAUCCUUUUGCUGAUGCGAAUGCUGACGACUCUGAUGCUGGAACAAAGGAGUAUGUGCAUAUUCGUAUACAGCAGCGGAACGGCCGGAAGAGUCUGACCACAGUGCAAGGAUUGAAGAAAGAGUUCAGCUACAACAAGAUCUUGAAGGAUCUGAAGAAGGAAUUCUGCUGUAAUGGUACUGUGGUCCAGGACCCCGAGUUGGGCCAGGUCAUUCAACUUCAAGGCGACCAGCGGAAGAACGUUUCCAAUUUCUUAGUUCAGGCAGGGAUUGUGAAGAAAGAAAACAUUAAAAUUCAUGGUUUCUAAGUAGCUGCACACCGGGCUCAAUAGCUUUCCAUCAAGACAUACAUAUAGCUUGUUUCUUGUUGCAUGCAUUAAGACUGCUGUAACCAUAGGAGCCCAUCCCCGGAUGGCUCUGGGCUCAUCUAUAUAAACCUAUUUGUCUUAAGAGCAUAUUAUGUUUGGAUUGUGAAGAAAGAACACAUUAAAAUUGAUGGUUUGUAAGUAGCUACAUACUGUGUGCUCAACAGCUUUCCAUCACGACAUACCCAUCAUAUAGCUUGUUUCUU